GGUGGUCAAGGCAAUUUCUCUCUUAGAAUGGAUGUGUUCAAUAGCAUAAAUUAUCGCCAGCCAUACACAUCACAAGACUAUCCAGUGUUGAAAUCCCUGUCAGAUAAUCUUUAUAUCCAGUACUCUAUCAACGCCAGUAAAUCGGAUCUCGUCGUGCGCGCAGAAACGUGUAGAGCGACGCCCACCAACAGACCUUACGACACUCCACAAUACGUCUUUAUUGCUGACGGGUAGGCAGAAACAAUUACAUUAAGUUUUGACUAUAAUUAUGAGCAACUUUAUGAGAAGAUUUAUAAGGAAGUAAGGGUAAUUAACCGUAUUUGUCAUACCACUGAUUCAAAUCUUCUUCUGUGAGUUGAGGAUAUAGGUUAUCCUUAACUUGAUUGGCGACUACCUUCUUCAACUUUUCUCUGAAUUGAUGAGUUUGAAAACUCACCCACCCCCUACUUUUGGUACACUAGUUUAAGUACUGUUUAAUAAACGAGCAGGAGUGUUUUAUCAGAUAUAAAACGCGAGGCGCAGCCGAGCGUUUUAUGUCUGAUAAAACACGACAACGAGUGUUUUGAAUAGCUUAAAAUACGACUACAAAAGAAUACUAAUUAGGAUGAACAUUAUAUAAUCAUACUAAUUAGGAUGAACAAUUAUAUAAUGCCACAUGCUUUAUCAGAUAUAAAGUCACUCCACGUGACAUAUUAUGGCUGACAUGAUUUGCCACAAGGUAAUAAUCUCAAGUAAUCUCAUCCCUUUAGGAUUUUACAGAAAUUUGUGAGGUUACGGAUUUUGUUUUCCAAAAAUGAUUGAAAUGUAUUAAAAUUUAGUGGGUUAACAAUACAAUAUAAUUGUGCACAACCGCUUUUGACUAUUUCAACACUUUAGCAUUUACCUUGAUGUAAUUUUCUACUAACAUUUGCCGUGAUAUUUAAUUAAAUAUUAUACCUCAAAUUCAAAUUGUCCCAUUGAAAAAACAGCAUUUGUACCACGUUCUGUAAUAUUUCACUCAAAUUCAUGAUUUCGCAAUGCAGCGCGGUGAGAUACUAUAAUAUCCCACGGCAGAUCCACCGUGGGAUAUUAUAGUAUCCCACGCUCACGCGUGGACACCACGCUCUGAAUCAAUAUGGCGCUCGCGAGCUGUUGUUUGUAUAAAUUUCGUACAGAAGAUUUGAUUUAACCAAAGAUUUUCAAGACGUAUGUUACCUUUAAUGAUCCAAAGGACACAUGCUCAAAUAUUUUAAAGAGGAAACGUCAAAAACUCAGGUAUACAUAAGAAAUUAAAAAUUGUAUUCGCGUAGUUAUAAAGUAUUCAGCAAGUUUUAAAGUUUAUUCUGAACUUAGUGAGUUCUUUAACUUUCGGUACAAUAUAUCAUUUAUAGACCCUCCGAUCGGGGGAUUCGGCGAUAUUUCCCUCAGUGAUAAUAUUUUCCUCUGGGCAAAGCCCCUCGGAAAAUAUCAUCACUUCGGGAAAUAUUACGCCGAAUCCCCCUCGCUCCGGGUCUAUAUGAUAAAUAAGAAAUCGUGGAUUGUGAUCAACUGGAUCAGUAGUAAAUCUUAUGAUAAAAGAUCUUUAAGAUCUUCAAAUUUACCCUUAAAUAAAUUUCAUUCAUUCAUUGAAGACUAGUGGCUUCAUUGAAUUUCCAUAUUUUAUUUCAGUUGCGACAAAGAUGAAACGAUUCGCCAUUACUCGUACGGAAUGAGUUCUGUGCAGCGUUUUAGUAUGCAGGCAUUCCGCUUUCUGUCAGAUCAUCGCUUUGUCUACCUACACUGUGACCUGGUGGUGUGUCAUAGGUAUGACUACAACUCCACCUGUGCGCGAAGUACUUCAUGUUCCAGACGUUAUCGUCGUGAUGUUGAUCAGCAGUCAGAAGAUGUGUCUGGUAUGUAUGCACUGUCGUUUGGCCCAGUGAUGAAAGGGAAGGAAUCCGCUGACAAGAGUGCUGGGGGUGAGUAUCACAGGCUCAUAAUAGUAAGCAGUACAAGCAAACUGCGACCAAAUUGGAGCCCGACCGAAGCUGGAAUAGCUGUUACAAUGCAGAGAUGUAUUUUCACUGUGAUUAUAUUAUGAUAUCCUAAUUGUCCAUCUUUACCGUUUUACAGCUCAUUCGGAGGCAUCGAACACAACGCUGAUUGGUUCCUUGAAUGGAUUCGGUUGUCUCAGUGUGGUUCUGAUUGGUGCCCUGCUCUUCAUGAUACAGCGAAGUCGUCGUCGUAGAUCUGACCAGACCCAGACUGGUGUUGAGAACAAGGGCGAAUUGUCAAUGCAGAAUUUGGGAUACACUUAAAGUCUCCCUGCAUUUUUUUAUAGUUUUAUAAUCCAGAUAAGUUUAAUGCAUAACUACAUAACUGCUGAUUCGAAAAAUAAUUAAACACUGUUUAGAAAGUUAGUAUAAAGUGACAAUUAUUAGAAUAGGUUUCGAAAAUGAUUGUUUGAUGAUUGUUAAAAUUGAUUCAC